AUGACGGGGCCGCUGGGGGCAGGGUCCGGCUGCUGCCCGGACUGUUGUGGCGUGUACUACUGCUGCCACGACCACCUUCGGGAGGACCGGGAGCAGCACCGGCAGUGGUGUGAGCUGUACAAGCUGUGCUCCUGCUGCAACCAGCAGGCCAAGAACAGGGAGGCCAUCACACUGCCCACCGCCCUGGACCAGGAGUACCGCCCCCUGGCCCCCACCAUGGAGGAGCACAUCCUCUCCCUGGCCAGCAGGCUGCGGCCCGUGGCUGUCGCUGGGGCCUCAGAGAGCCUCACCUUCCCCCUCACAGCCCUCUACGUGCUGCAGCAGGUGUGGCCAGGCCUGGCCACGGCACCCGUCCUUACCCUGCAUGUGGUGGGGGCGGAGGAUGGCCGGGAGCCCCGUGUGGCCGCCCCCUGGGAGUACUUGAUGCACCGCCUGCCAGUCCUGGCCCGCCUGCAUGUGUUGCUGGUGGGGCCAGGGCUGGGCGGGCCACAGGGGUGCCACAGGGCCGCGCUGUGCCAGCAGUGCAGGGACAAGGUCCGGCAGCUGGUGGUGGAGUGCCGUCGUGCCCUGUACCACAACCUGGCCCAGGCCACUGCGGCAGCCACCCCCCCCCCCACCCUGCGCUUGGCCUUCAACUGUGGCUUCCACGAGUGGGAGGGGGACGAGGGGGACACCUGGCCAGACUCCUUACCCCUCAUGGCCGACGAUGCUGCGCCCCUUGCCUUCACCUCCUUCAACCACUCAGAGGCACAGAAGGACCUGGCUGCCCUCAGGAGGGCCAAGCCAGAGGUGCAGGUGUCCCUGGCGCGCCCCAACCCCUACCGCAGCACCCGCCCGCUGCGGGACUGGACACGGGAGGAUGGCGCCCACAUGUACUACACCAACCAGUACCUCACUGUGCUGCAGGCCGGCCAGGCAGGGCAGCGGGCAGCACAGGACACAGGGGAGGAAGGAGAGCAGGAGGAGGCAAGAGAGGAAGGGAAGCAGGGUGAGGUAAGAGAAGGAGGACAGAUGGGAGAGCAGCACACCCUGCCAGACACCACCUAG